AUGGCCAUGUGCGUCUGGGCGGCCGCCCCUCUGCUCUUCCUGGGCCUGAGCCUGUGCAGCGUGGGGGGCCAAGCCCAAGGCGAGGUGCUGGAGUUUGGUGGCGUGUCCAGCCAGUGGGGGCGCUUUCCCGUGUGGAACGCCUGCUGCGAGAGCGUGCUGAGUUUCAGCCUGCGGACGCACAGCCAGGAGGGCCUCCUGCUCUAUCUGGACGACGAGGGCUUCUGCGACUUCCUGGAGCUCCUGCUGCUGCGCGGCCACCUGCGUCUACGCUUCUCCAUCUUCUGCGCCGAGCCGGCCGAGCUGCAGUCGGGCGUGGCGGUCAGCGAUGGUCGAUGGCACGCCGUGCGGGUCAAGAGGGACUGGAAGAACACCUCGUUGGAGGUGGACGGGCGGCUGGAGGGCUGGGCCGAAGUCAAGAGCAAGAGGAGAGACAUGACGGUCUUUAGCCACACCUACGUGGGCGGGGUGACGGCCGAGCUCCGCGCAUCGCCGCUGCGCCUCACCUCGCCCUCUGUCCGCGACCGCCCCGCCUUCCGCGGGUGGAUGGGGGCGCUGAGCAUCAACGGCACGCCGGCCGCCCUGGACGGCUCCGAGGGCGUGACGGUGACGGCGGGCUGCGGGCCGGACCACCGAUGCCAGAACGGAGGGGUGUGCAGCCUGGUGGACGACCGGGCCGUAUGCGACUGCUCCGACACCGGUUACCAAGGCAACGACUGCAGUGAAGGUCUGGCACACCUGAUGAUUGGCGACCAAGCCCGCGAGGAGUACGUUGCCACCUUCAAGGGCUCCGAGUUCCUCUGCUACGACUUGUCGCCCAACCCCAUCCAGUCGAGCAGCGACGAGAUCACGCUGUCGUUCAAGACCCUCCAGCGCAACGGGUUGAUGCUGCACACGGGCAAGUCGGCCGACUACGUGAACCUGUCACUGAAGAACGGCGCCGUCUCGCUGGUCAUCAACCUGGGCUCGGGCGCCUUCGAGGCCUUGGUGGAGCCCGUCAACGGCAAGUUCAACGACAACGGCUGGCAUGACGUCAAGGUCACGCGCAACCUCAGACAGCACUCAGGCAUUGGACACGCUAUGGUAAACAAACUCCAUUGUUCGGUGACCAUUUCGGUGGACGGCAUCCUGACCACCACGGGCUACACCCAGGAGGACUACACCAUGCUCGGGUCCGACGAUUUCUUCUACGUGGGAGGGAGCCCCAGCACUGCCGAUCUGCCCGGCUCCCCUGUCAGCAACAACUUCAUGGGCUGUUUGAAAGAGGUGGUGUACAAGAAUAACGACGUGCGGCUGGAGUUGUCUCGACUAGCUAAACAGGGAGACCCCAAGAUGAAGGUGAGCGGCGUGGUGUCCUUCAAGUGCGAGAGCGUGGCCACGCUGGAUCCCGUCACUUUCGACACGCCCGAGUCCUUUGUGGCGCUCAGCAAAUGGACGGCCAAGAAGGCGGGGUCCAUCUCCUUCGACUUUCGCACCACAGAGCCCAACGGUUUGAUGCUCUUCAGCCACGGGAAACCCAGACAAAUGCAGCGAAAGGACCCCCGCACGCCGCCCACUGUCAAGGUGGACUUCUUCGCCAUCGAGAUGCUGGAUGGACACUUGUACUUGUUGCUGGACAUGGGCUCUGGUACCACCAAGACGAAAGCCAUCGACAGGAAGGUCAACGAUGGGGAAUGGUACCAUGUGGACUUUCAGAGGGAUGGGCGCUCAGGAACUAUCUCGGUGAACAGCGUGAGGACGGCGUACACGGCCCCGGGCGACAGCGAGAUCCUAGACCUGGACGAGACGCUUUACCUUGGCGGUCUUCCCGAGGACCGCGCCGGGCUCAUCUUCCCCACGGAGGUGUGGACGGCGCUGUUGAACUACGGUUAUGUGGGCUGCAUUCGCGACCUGUUCGUGGACGGGCAGAGCAAAGACAUCCGACGGCUGGCUGAGGCGCAGCGAGCGGUGGGCGUCAAGCCUUCCUGCUCCAGGGAGCCACCCAAGCAGUGCCUGUCCAACCCUUGCCAGCACAACGGCGUCUGCCGUGAGGGCUGGAACCGAUACGUCUGCGAUUGUUCGGGCACCGGGUACCUGGGACGCUCUUGCGAGAGAGAUGCGACCAUCCUGUCGUACGACGGCAGCAAGUUCAUGAAGGUGCAGCUGCCCAUGGCCAUGCACACGGAGGCGGAGGACGUGUCGCUACGCUUCCGCUCCCAGCGGGCGUACGGCGUCCUCAUGGCUACCACGUCCCGCAACUCGGCCGACACGCUGCGCCUGGAGCUGGACGGCGGACGCGUGCGCCUCACAGUCAACCUCGGUACUGUCACGCACGCGCUCGUUUUUCCCUUCCUUAGAAACUGUAUCAGGAUAAACUGUACCGCCAGUAAAGGCCCCGAGACCAUCUUUGCGGGCUCGGGUCUCAAUGAUAAUGAAUGGCACACGGUGCGGGUGGUACGGCGCGGCAAGGGCCUCAAGCUCACCGUGGACGAUCUGCAGCCCGUUGAAGGUCAAAUGGCGGGAGACCACACCCAGCUGGAGUUCCACAAUGUAGAAACUGGCAUCGUGACGGAGAAACGCUUCAUGCCGGCCGUUCCGUCCAACUUCAUCGGGCACCUGCAGGGCCUGGCGCUCAACGGCAUGCCCUACAUCGACCUGUGCAAGAACGGCGACAUCGACUACUGCGAGCUCAACGCCGUCAUCGGCUACAAAAGCAUUGUGGCCGAUCCGGUCACCUUCCGCUCGCGAUCCAGCUUCGUAACGCUGCCCACGCUGCAGGCCUACUACUCCAUGCACCUGUUCAUGCAGUUCAAGACCACCUCGCCCGACGGGCUCGUGCUCUUCAACCGCGGCGACGGCAACGACUUUAUCGUUGUGGAGCUGGUCAAAGGGUACCUUCACUACAUUUCCGACCUGGGCAACGGCGCCCACCUGAUCAAGGGCAACUCCAACAGCCCUCUGAACGACAACCACUGGCACAACGUGCACAUCUCCAGAGACACCAACAACCUCCACACGGUCAAGAUCGACACCAAAGUCACCACACAGACCACCAUGGGCGCCAAGAACCUCGACUUGAAGGGUGACCUGUACAUCGGGGGCGUGUCCAAGGAGAUGUACCGCGAGCUCCCCAAGCUGGUGCAUUCGCGCGAGGGCUUCCAGGGCUGCCUGGCCACGGUGGACCUGAACGGCCGGCUGCCGGACCUGCUGGCCGACGCGCUGGCCACCGUCGGACAGGUGGAGCGCGGAUGCGAAGGUCCCAGCACCACUUGUCAAGAGGACUCGUGCUCCAAUCAGGGCGUGUGCCUGCAGCAGUGGGAGGGCUUCACCUGCGACUGUAGCAUGACGUCGUACGCGGGACCGCUCUGCAACGAUGCCGGCACCACGUACAUCUUCGGGCGCGACGGCGGCGUGGUGAUCUACACGUGGCCCCCCAACGAACGUCCCAGCACCCGCGCCGACCGUCUGGCGCUGGGCUUCAGCACGCAGCAGAAGCACGCCGUCCUGCUCCGCGUAGACAGCGCGUCCGGCUUGGGCGAUUACCUCCAGCUGCAGAUAGACAAGGGCAACAUCCGCGUAGUGUUCAACGUGGGCACGGACGACAUCAACAUCGAGGAGAGCUCCAAGUUCGUCAACGACGGGAAGUACCACAUCGUGCGAUUCACGCGCAGCGGCGGCAACGCCACGCUGCAGCUGGACGACCUGCCCGUCAUCGAACGCUACCCCUCAGGCAACAUUGAUAACGAGCGCCUGGCCAUCGCCAGACAGCGAAUCCCCUAUCGGCUCGGUCGAGUAGUUGACGAUUGGCUACUCGACAAAGGUCGCCAGCUGACCAUCUUCAACAGCCAGACCACCGUGCGCGUGGGCGGCGGCGGGAAUGAACGCCGCGCCGGCAUGUUCCAGGGACAGCUGUCGGGCCUGUACUACAACGGGCUGCGCAUCCUCAACAUGGCGGCCGAGGGCCACCCGCACAUCCGCGUGGAGGGCAGCGCCCGGCUAGUGGGCGACAUGCCCUCCUCUUCCAUCACGCCGCAGUCCAGCGCUGCGGCCGCCGGCGGUGGCAACCGCUCUGACUCGGCGCCCGCCGCCGGGGACGUCACUACCACCACCGCCAGCAACAGGAAGCAGGGCGCCACCCAGCAGUCGGCGGACGACAUCCUGGUGGCGUCGGCGGAGUGUCCGAGCGACGACGAAGACAUCGACCCGUGCGAUCCCAGCUCAGCACGUCCCCCGCUACCCGAAGUGAAGGUGUUCCCCGGUCCGUCGGAGGUCGUGCGUGAGAGCAGCAGCACCACGGGCAUGGUGGUGGGCAUAGUGGCGGCGGCGGCCCUGUGCAUCCUCAUCCUGCUCUACGCCAUGUACAAGUACCGCAACCGCGACGAAGGCUCGUACCACGUGGACGAGAGCCGCAACUACAUCAGCAACUCGGCCACGCAGCCCAACGGCAGCGCCAAGGACAAGCCGCUCGGCAUUACCAAGAUCUCCAAGAACAAGAAGAACAAGGACAAGGAGUAUUACGUCUAA